GUGUGUCCUGGUACCCAGAAUGGCCUGAGCUCCACAGGAUCCCAGGAGAACCAGUACAACCUGAUCAAGGACCGCUACACAGGCUGUGAGAUCAUCAUGGGUAACCUGGAGAUCACCCAGAUAGAGAGUGACUGGGACUUCUCCUUCCUAGGGGUGAGAGAGCAGCCAUGUUGUUCUAUUAUCUCUUGUUGUUGUCGUCUUCUUCUUCUUCUUCUUCUUCUUCUUCUUCUUCUUCUUCUUCUUCUUCUUCUUCUUCUUCUUCUUCUUCUUCUUCUUCUUCUUCUAGUCCAUGAGACAUGUCCAUGAAGCCUCCACUGGUAAUCGAGGUAAUCUGGUAAUGUGACUGUCUCUAACCUUAUUCUAACUCCUGUCCCUCCAGACCAUCAGAGAGGUAACCGGCUACAUCCUAAUCGCCAUGAACCACUUCAGACAGCUGCCUCUGGAACAGCUGCGUGUGAUCCGUGGUAAUACCCUGUACGACCGGGGCUUCGCACUCUCGGUAUUCCUCAACUACCCCAAGGAGGGCUCCAAUGGACUGCAGCACCUGGGACUCACACACCUCACC